UUCAAUGUGCUUACUAAGUAUUUUGAAUAAUAUAAAAUUCGGCCUUCAAACAUUUAUGAUAUAUACACGUCCAAUCAUAAAAUGUAUAAAGCUUCCGAAUCAUUGUAAAAUUAUAUACACGAUUUAGCAUUAACGAAUUGAUAAGGACAUCUUAAUUGCUAACUUUGCCAUUAGCGCCCUGUUUAUGCACCAAAUAUGCGUAAUAUUGGAUUAAAUAAGGCUUUGAAAUUAUAUAAAAACAAUGCCCCAUUGUUUAGUCCUUAUUUUUAAUCAUAAUUUUUGUGUUAUGAAUAUCAAUUGUGAUACCAAAGUAUGAAUUUUAAAUCCAGAUUUGAAUAGGAUCUUACUGAAGACAGAAAUGAAAAUGUUAUGUUAUUUAGCUAUCUUGGUCAUAAGCAGCACUUUCUCAUAUGUUUGUGGUUGUACUUGUGCUCCAUUCGAUCCAGAGAUAGAUUAUUGCGCACGAACCUCGGGAUUUGCUGCUGUGUUUAAAAUCAAAGGCAAUGGUACUGUAGAAGGGUUUCAACUUGCCUAUAAUGUUGAUAUACUUUACAAGUACGUUUUUGAGGCUCCUGGUGAAACUGUGAACAUAGAUCAGUUAUUUACUGCUACAUCUGGAUCUAUGUGUGGAAUUCGCUUACGUCCAGAUAGUUUCUAUAUCAUCACGGGAUAUUUUGAAGUAAGACCCGAUAAGCCUGCAAAAAUGGUAACUGCACUAUGUUACACACAAGACUACUUCAAAGAGAGUCCUGUCGUAAAUGGUGACCCACCGCCGUGCGAGAGAUCUGACAAAUAUGUUGAAUUUUCUGAAUGAUGAAUAUAAUACAUUUGUAGCACUGCAUUAAAAAGUAAAAUAUUAUA